AUGGACAUAUCGGCACCACCGCCUUCUUACAAGGCAAGUCCAACAACCAUGCGUAUCAAAUCCUUUUUUCAUGCUUCACCACCUCCUUUUGCAGUACCUAAUGACUUUGAUACCAGUUCACAAAAGGGCUUCAAGAGCAACAGUUGGUUUAACGGAAAUAAUAACGAACAAAAACCAAUUCGUCGAGUGGCUUCAGCACCCAAUACCAAACUACUUGAUAUCAACAGACACUCUUAUCAAAGCACAGCUAAUAACAGUAUGGCCUCUAUACCUUCUCUUAUGACAGACUCACCUCCCAUGCAACGACUACGUCGCAUCUGUCGUCGUACGUAUUCAAGCAGUAGUAUCAAAGUCAAAAAAGUAGAAGUGGGUCCUUCUAGUUUUGUCAAGAUACGUAUGCUUGGUAAAGGCGAUGUAGGCAAAGUCUAUAUGGUCAAACAGAAAGGAACCGAUAAACUGUUUGCCAUGAAAGUCUUAUCAAAGCGAGAAAUGAUUCGUAGAAACAAGAUCAAGCGUGCUUUAGCAGAACAAGAAAUUUUGACCACAUCCAACCAUCCUUUUAUUGUCACUCUUUAUCAUUCAUUUCAAAGUCAAGAUUACUUGUAUUUUGUGAUGGAGUAUUGUGUAGGAGGUGAAUUCUUCCGAGCACUUCAAUUACGCCCUGGUAAAUGUCUAUCAGAAGAAGGUGCCAAGUUUUAUGCAGCUGAGGUGAUUGCUGCUUUGGAAUACUUGCACCUUCAAGGACACAUUUACCGUGAUUUAAAACCAGAAAAUAUCUUACUUCAUCAAAGUGGACAUAUUAUGUUGAGUGAUUUCGACUUGAGCAAAGGAUCUCAACCACCAGGUAAUCCCUGUGUGGUGAAAUCAGGAUCCCCUCAUGUGCCCCCUUCCAUUAAUACCAAAAGUUGUGUCAAUCAUCUUAGGACCAAUAGUUUUGUAGGUACGGAAGAAUACAUUGCACCUGAAGUCAUUAAGGGGUGUGGACAUACAAGUGCAGUCGAUUGGUGGACAUUGGGUGUCCUUAUCUAUGAAAUGCUGUUUGGCACAACACCCUUCAAGGGAUCAGGCAGGAAUGAAACGUUUUCUCGAGUACUUCAUUGUGAUGUCCAGUUUGGUGAACAACCGUAUUACAAGACCAGUAUUUCAAGCAAUGCCAAAAGCCUCAUCAAGCGAUUAUUGCAUAAAGAUGAAAACAAGCGAUUGGGUUGUCGAGCAGGUGCUUCUGAUAUUAAGGCACACGGAUUCUUCAAGUCUAUUAAUUUUGCCUUGUUAAGACACUGUACACCACCCAUUACACCACUUGUACAAAAACCCAACGGUAUUGAUGCCCUUAAUUUUAGAAAAAUGCCACCUGAAAGCAUGAGUUUUGACUUGGAAUCGGAUGAUAUCUUGCUUACCUUAAACACGAAUGAACAGAAUCCAUUUGAAAAGUUUAAUUCAAUUACACUUUAUCAUGAAGGGGAUUCUGAUUCGGAUGACUAUACGUUUUAA